AUGCUCAGCCUCCGCCUCAACGGGCUCUUCGGCCCACUCCCGGCCGACCUCGCCUCCGCCGCCGUGCUUCGAAACGUCUUCCUCAACGGGAACAGGCUGUCGGGCGGGUUCCCGCAGGCGAUUCUCGCUCUCCCAAGGCUCGUCAGGCUCUCACUCGGCGGGAAUGACCUGUUGGGGCCCAUCCCGGCGGAGCUCGGCAACCUCAUGCACCUCAUGGUCCUGCUCCUUGAGAAUAAUCGCUUUUCCGACGAGAUUUCGGAUGUGAAACUACCGCCGCUGCAGCAGUUCAAUGUUUCGUUCAACCAGCUGAACGGAUCCAUCCCGGCCUCACUUUGGUCGCAGCCGCGCUCCACGUUCCUGGGGACAGGCUUGUGCGGUGGGCCCUUGGGGCCUUGCCCUGGCGAGGUUUCCCCUUCCCGUGCUCAAGCGGGGCAGACGCCGUCGCCGACGCCUGUUCCCAGUGGCAGUGGCGGUGGCGGUGGCGGCGGCAGUAGCGGUGGCACCAACGGUGGAAGUGGGGGAGAAAGUGGCCAUAAGAGCAAGAAGCUCUCCGGUGGCGCCAUUGCCGGAAUCGCUGUAGGCUCCGCCUUGGGCGCCGCACUUCUCCUCUUCCUCCUCGUCUGCCUCUGUCGCAGGUCGGGGGGCACCAGGACGCGGUCUCUGGAGAUGCCGCCGCCUGCUCCAGCGCCUGCUGCUACUGCUGGCGGCAGGAAAGCUCCCGAGAUGACCAGCGGCGCUGCUGUAGCGCCGUCGCCUAUCGGCCAGUCGACGUCCGGUAAGAAGCUGGUGUUCUUUGGGUCAGCGGCCGCCGUGGCACCUUUCGACCUGGAGGACCUGCUGCGCGCGUCGGCUGAGGUGCUCGGAAAAGGAGCGUUCGGGACGACAUACAAGGCAGUGCUCGAGUCUGGGGCAACUGUGGCCGUGAAGCGCCUCAAGGACGUGACUCUGUCUGAACCUGAGUUCCGUGAACGCAUUUCUAAGAUUGGUGAGCUUCAGCACGAGUUCAUUGUGCCACUCCGUGCUUACUACUACAGCAAAGAUGAAAAGCUACUUGAUUACGACUUCAUGCACAUGGGGAGCCUCUCUGCAGUCCUGCACGGUGAGAUCUUAACUCCCCAUCCCCCAAGUUUCUGUUGCAUAUCUGCUUAUGAUUCUAGCAUCACCAUUUUGCUGUACGUGUGCUUCCGAGUACAAUGGGCAUUGCAUGUUCUUGGAGCACUCGCGCGUGUGGCAGGGCUUUGA